AUAAUCUUAUUUAUGGUGGCAAAAAUAUUGCAACGUCAUGAUUUUGCAAAUUGUUUUGUGAGAAGAUGUCUGGUUCAAUAUCGUCUGUGGAAGGAGAGUUGAAUGCAAUAAUUAAAGAAUUUUUAGAAUAUUCCAAGUUGAGUUCUACUUUGGCUACCUUUGAAGAAGAAUGUCAAAGGUUUGGGAAACCUAUACAAGUUAAUGCUGGUAAAAAUAGAAGAGAUGAAAGGAUUUGUAAAAUCAAGAAUGAGAUGUUGGAGCAUUUCGAUAAUGGAAAACGUACAGAAUUUCUUUCGGAGUGGGAAACUCAUAUCACCCCAGAAAUGAGAGAAAAUAAUCUUUUUUGCCAGAAGCUGGAAUUCAAUUUACAAAUACAUUUUGCUGUUCUGCCAAUGCGCAAAAUUGAUCAUUGGUGUAAAGAAGAAGUAGAAGAAGCAGUUCUUCAUUUUCAUUAUUAUUUGGAGAGCAAAGGUGCUCUUCUGAGUGAUUGUCCAGAGCUACUCCCUUAUUAUGCUUUGCCCUAUGUUCCUCGUCCAAACACCCAUCCUUCAUUUCAAAAAAUCUUUGAGGAAUCUUGGAUAAUCAACCUAAGGAAAAAAUUGGAGACGUUUUUGUUUGAAGCAUUGAAGAAUGAUGAAGAAGAGCCUGAGCCUAGGCUUAUUGAACUAUAUCAUAAUCGAGAUCUGGAUUUACAAGAUGCUCGAAAAGAACUGCAAUAUUUGGAAAGGCACAUAGAAGAGUCAGAAAAACGUUCUGUUCUUAAUGCCAAAAAAUGUGAAAAGUUGCAAGAAGAAUGCAGACAAUUAAUGGCUGUUGCAUCACUGUUGGUCACAGCUCUGGAAAAUGCUGUCAAAGGAAAUUUGGUAGACAUGGACUGUGUUCUGUCUGCCUGUGCUACACACCUGCCGGACUUGGAGAAAAUUAGAAGUGAAUCCCCUGAUGUAUCGAGUAGUGUAGAAAAAAUUUCAAAAUUUUCAGCAGAAGGGAUUUUGAAAAAUUCUGAAAAAGAGAAAUUGGACUAUGCAAAGCUAAAACAGGAUUUAUGUGUUUCUGAUGAAAGGACAAAACUUCUCCUUUUGCAAGCACUCAGAUGGAGAUUAACCAAACCUGGGAGCUGGAACAGAAGAGAAGGCCAUAUCCUUGAAAUGAUGGACAAUGACUUAUUUGAUCUAAAUUCUCCAAUAAAUGAACCGGCAAAAGUUUUGAAAUCUGUUUGUACAAGCAGUCCUAAAGUUUUUGAAAGUUUUGCUCGAUUUUUGAAUGCAUUAUCUUCUUUUGUUUUAGGUCGUCAAUAUCUGACUUCAAACAACAAGCUUCUGGUGGAGCUUGUGAAGUACCUUCUUAAGACAGAUGGCAGUGAAAAUAGUGUUUCCCUUGAUAUGGUUUUAGGGACACUAAAGAAACUCAGCAUUAGAAGAACAUCUCAAGCAUUCAUGGUCGAAACUGGCGUGAUUGAAUGGCUCGCAAGAAUCUUCUAUUCCAGAAUUUCCAUUUCAAAUUAUGCUCGUUCAGUAUCAAUUGCUCUUCUCUUCAACUUAAGUCUUUGUCCAAUGGGAAAGAAACAGUGUGAACCUCUAAAAAUAGAAUUAAUUUCUGGAUUAGGUUACCUUCUUCAACUUCAAGAUACAAAGAUCUCCCCAUACAUAAAUGGCACUUUGUAUAGAAUUCUGUCAAUACCUAGUGUUCGAGAAUAUGCUAAAGAACAGGCUUUGCCAAGUGCCUUAAGAAAAUUAAUGCAGAAAACUGAGGGAGAACCUAAGAAGCAAUUAGAAACCAUUUUGGAACUUUUCGUGACAGAUGUUCAGAUAGAGGAUGGAAGCUCAGAUGAAGAAGAUGAUGAUCAAGAAGAUGACAGUUUGGAUCCUGAAAUCGAUCUAAAUGAUUGUACUACGCCUGAAAAGAAUGAACUUCAGGGUGAAAAGCUCUUAUCCCUCUAUACUUUACCAAAAGAGGACACAGAGUGAUGUAAGAAGUGCAGCUAGUGAGAUAUCCACACAACAAAAUUCACAGUUGGGUUCAGCAUCAAAUAAAGAUCAGCCCUUAACACCAAAAUUAGAUGUGGAAGCCACACAAUUGGUACGAAAAAUUGUAGGGAUGCCCUCAACUACACUGGUAGAAGCAGCUGUUGUUCCUGAUCCAGCUGCUGUGACCAUAAAAGGACUAAA